CUUUAAUUUGGUAUAAAAUACAUUUGUGAUAUCAUUGAUACUGUAGGUUGUAGAGGGAGAGACAAAAGUUAUGGGACACUGUAUUUUUAUCAUCAUCUAACAAUUGAAUAGAAAAAAAGAAUGUUAAAAUUUUUGAUUUGUUUUGAUUAUCAAUGAAAGUUGAAUUUUUGUUUUGUUUUAUUAAUUAUAGGUAAAAAAAUUAAAAUAUCUUAUUGUGAAGUGUAUGAUUAAUUAUGAUUUUCAAUUAUAUUAUUUGAAAUGGAUUUUGGAUAAUCUAAGUCAUGUUCGAAAAGUAAAACUUCGUCUUAAAAUUAAUGGAACUGGGAAAAAAGAUCCAGUGAUCAAUGAAUCACUUGUUGAUGCAAAUUUCGUUCGAUCUUAUGACGGACGUACGGAUCAAAAUAAAAAACGUGCAAGAUUGCUUGCUCAUCUUCUUUCAAUGCCUCUUCAGCUUAAUUAUCUUCGAAUCCAACAAUUUCAAUGGCUUCUGCAUGUUAUUGCAUACACAUCUGAUGAACUAUUGAAAAACGCAUUAAAGAAUGUUAGAUACGCGGAAUUUUGUCUUACUAGUUGUCAUUUUGGCUCAAACCAAUCGAUUGGUAUUGGAAAAUUUCUUGUACUUGUUCUUAGUAAUUAUAUGCCUCAGUUACAAGCAUUGCGUCUUUGGAGACCAGAUGAUUUUCCUUGGACAACUAGUAAGUGUAUUUCAAAUAAAAAAAACCUAAUUAGAACAAAUUCUCAAAUGUCUUUACAACACAUGCAUUAAUAUUUUGUGUUGUUUCAUUUAAAAAUCACAAUCAGGAGAUUAAUAUUAUUUGAACUAUUAUUUCUAUAAAAUAGUGGAAACUUUAAAUUAAAAAAAAUAUCAUAUUGAAAAAUUAUAUAGAUAGACUCUUGAAAGUUUUGUCAUUUUGAUUAAAUGUCUUUUGCAUUCAUCAGACUCGUUUAGUCAGAAAUAAAAUCAAGUGUUUUCCAAAUCUUUUUGUAAUAUAUUUUCUCAACUCUUUGUAAUGUGGGUGUGGGUGUGAGGUGUAGGGUGUGGGUGUGGGUGUGGGUGUGGGUGUGCAUGGUGUGGAUGUGGGCUGUGUCCUGGGUGUAGGGGUGUGUUGGUGGGGGGUGUGUUGGUGGGGGGUGUGUUGGUGGGUGUGUGAGGUGUGGGAGUGGGUGUGUUGUGUGUGGGUUGGGGUGUGGGAGCGGGUGGAUGUGAAUGUUGGUGUACCUGUGAGUGUGGAUGUGGAAGUGGAUAAUUGGAAGACUAUACCCACACCCGCACCCACACGCCCACACCCAAGAAAUGCUUGAUGAAGCCGUAGGAAAGAUCGGUAGUACAAAUGUAACAGCAUUUCAGGGUGAUGUGUGAAAUAUGACUGAUCCUGACAAUCUGUAUAACGUCAUUCAAAAAGAGAAAGGUUGCCUGAAUGUUGUCGUUGGCAAUGCAGGUAUCAGCCCGCUUGCACCUCUAGAGUCAAUUACCGAACAACAAUUUGAUGAUACAUUAAAAAUCAAU